AUGGCACACUCGGAGCGAGGCCGGGGUGCAGCUCGAGUUCGUGGUGGUCAACCAGGUUUUGGACAGUCGUCAGAGCAUCCCUCAAACACUGUUCAUCCCUCCAUACUAAAGCAGGCUCGGAGAACUGGCAUCCUCAACCUUAGCCAGCGAGGACUUUCUGUUGUUCCAGAGACUGUGUGGACUGUGCAAGAAGAUGUGCCAGAGGACUCUAAGUGUGUCUCCAUGGACAACACAGAUGACAAAUGGUGGGACACUUUGCCUUUGACUAAACUCAUUCUGGCAUCCAAUCGACUGUCUUCACUGGGGGAGGGUCUCCGAAACCUGGCCGCUCUGACUGUGCUGGAUAUUCAUGACAAUCAGCUGACCACGUUACCCAAGGCUCUUGGUACCUUGGAGAACCUCCAGAAGCUGGACGUCAGCCACAAUCAGCUGCAAGAGUUUCCUGAUUGCAUUGGACGCUUAACCAGCCUGCAGACACUCAAUGCAGAUCACAAUCAACUGGUCAUUAUCAGCGAGGAAGUCUGUAGUCUCCGGCAGCUGGAACACUUGAACCUGUCCAACAACCAGAUAGAGAUGUUGCCCAUGUAUAUCUGCUUGUUGUCCCAGCUGAAGCACUUGAAUGUCUCCAAUAAUAAACUGACCCACUUACCUCCAGACAUUGGAGCUCUCACUAGUUUGCGAGCCUUUGAUGCCACUCAUAACCAGCUGGUGAACAUCCCUGAUGAAUUUGGAAAUCUCAGCAGAUUGGAGCAGUUACACCUGCGCCACAACCAGCUUCAUUACCUGCCAGUUUUGCCCAACUGUCCAAACCUCAAGGAAAUUUUAGUGGGGAACAACAACAUUCGAGGGUUAACAGCGGAACACCUGGAGCACCUGGGUUCUCUCACCUGUCUGGACAUUCGGGACAACAAAUUGGAGAAACUGCCGGAGGAAAUUGUACUCCUGAGGAAACUGGAAAGGUUGGACCUGACCAAUAAUGACAUCAGCACGUUGCCAUAUGUGAUGGGCACCAUGAAGAACCUGAAGACUGUCGUGUUAGACGGUAACCCCAUGCGGUCCAUCAGGCGCGACAUCGUCAUGCGAGGAACUAAUGAGCUGAAGAAAUACUUGGCCAGUCGUUUGAGUGACGAGGAGCUGAAGCCAGUGGCAGAGGAAGUUUCCCACAGCCAUGCAGGUCUGCCAGGUCAAGGGGAUCAGGUGAUUCGAGCACAUGACCUUCACCAGAUGAAGUCCUUGGACUACAGCAACAAGAAAGUCCCCACCCUGCCCGAUGACGUCGUGGAGGCCGCCUUAGAGGCUGGAGUCAAGACUGUCAACCUCAGUAAAAAUCUCUUCACUGAUUUACCCCACAAUCUAUCUGUGCUGGCUCCAAAAGUGACAGAGCUGAACCUGGGUCAGAAUAGAUUGUCACAGCUCUCCAAGGCUAUCUCUCAGUUCAGCAGGCUUCAGAUGCUGGAUCUCAG